GAGCCGACGCGACUCGCGAGGGUUCUUCGCGAUGUUCAAUGGUUUCAGUACCGAGCCGCCGCGGGUCAGGACUCGAUGUGGCUUCACCGCAGGGAAGGUUUGUUACCGUACGCUUGCACGACGUUGCGCGUCGCGGACGAGUGAUCCAUGAAUCAAAAUCGAAACAAAAGCGCACGGUGUCAUCGCCCACGGGUCAUUCGGUCGACCGUCCCCGCAACCCGCCACUCCGCAAGUGCCGAUCAAUGAUCCGGAAGUUACCAUCCGCGGGAAACGCGGCGGCACGAUCGCGCUUUCCCGGCCUUUAGGCACGGGACGUCGCUGAAGUUUCACGCGAGUGGAUUUCGCGAUUUUUCGUUACGUCUUUUCCUUAUUUUUCUUUUCCUUUUUUUUUUUAACGUCCGCUUCUGACAAUCUCCAUGUUCCAGGGCGCGUGAUCGCCUCGCCAGUGCGCGCAUAAUGCACAUGCGAGGUCGAGGGGUAAACGCGAAAGAAUCGAAGUCCUCGAUCGGACGCACGUUGUGCCGCUCCGAGUAAAUGUUAUAGUCCGGAUGCCUGUAUAGCCUGUAUGUUCGAUUGAUGCAGCAACGUGCGUUAUGGUUACAUCUGUUUGUCUCGCACUUUAUUACGCACUUCCAUUACGCACCCUCGGUAAGCUUGCCUGUCAUUUUUGUUCGCGACUCAUCGUUCGAUCGAUUAACCGUUGCUCGAUAUCGUGUAGAAACGAGAUAUAGCAGCAGAAAGUACAAUCGGUGGUGCGGCGAAAAGCUGAUGUUGAUAUUUGUUCCGCGAUCAAUAAGCAUUCAGCUCAAAUUUCUGACAUUCGCAUAAUCUCAAUUCUUUCUGGCAAACAAACAAGUCCGUUCCACUUUACGAUGCUCAAUGCGCAAUGCUUGGAAGAAACUGGAACGAUUUGACUUCGAGGCGAGAUAAUUUUUACGAGUGUCUCGAAAUUUGCCUUCGCACUGAAUCCUCUCAUUUCCGAAUGAUAUCACAUGCAUUCUCGAUCGCGAAGGAAGCAAACCGUGCGAGGUUUCCGAAAAUUCGCCGUGCUCGCGGCUCAGUUGCGAUCGGACGUAUAUCGCGCUGAUAGUUUCGACUGUCGGAAUAUCGAGAGACACAUCGAAUUCACUUUGCAAGUUUAGUUUGCGAAAGGCCCGGCGGAUAUAUCUCGUUCCAUUCCGCGAAGAUUUAUCGUGCGAUCGAACGCAUUAGCGAUAGGGAUUGGCGCGACAGGCGGCGGAAACAGAGGCACUCGGAAUCCGGAGAGGAUCCGGAGAGGAUCCGGAGAGGAUCGCCUCCGAGAAGAAGCGCCGCUCUGUGUUCCACGACGAUAAAACUACAAUCGCCACCCCGGAGCCUGUCAGCAGAGGCUUCGCUCCGGAUCUGUUUAUCCGGCAAAUCCAGUGAUCAUCCGCUCGCCCAACACGCCACAUGGAAUUCUGCAACGGCGAAAAAUUUACCUGACAAAACGCAUCGGUCGUGGAAUGAAAAAAAAAAGAACGAUAACAAAUGACGUAAAUACAGCCCCGGAUAAAGUUUCAACUACCUCCGUGUUUUGAAAAAUUACGUCUGCAUCGACCGGAAAAUCUGACGGAGAGAUCGAUCGCGCGCUUAAAUCGUCGUCGGGAGAAUUUCUCCAACCCGAGAGGAGGAUUUCCGCACGACGAACGAAGAUCGUCGAAUGAGAUGAGAAUACCAUAGCGGCGGUAGCGUGGAUCGUCGUUAGAGGUCCGGUGUUUCGUUCUUGAGAGACUCGAAAGACAAAUAGCUGGCGUCUCAUUAAAUGACGACGGGUAGGUGAGCGACAAGACAGAUAGGGGACGGCUGCGCGGAGUGUCGGUUCACAGCAACGGCUGCGGCAGCAACAACGACGAUAAAGAACAGUGGACGAUGUGGAUAGCGGCGCAAUGCAGCAGCAGCAACAGCAGCAGCGGCGGCAGAAGCAACAGCAGCAACGACAACGGCAUCAACGACGAGAACGGCAGCAGCGUCGGGGAUUGCAAUUAGUGCCGGCUCGCAACGGCCGCGAGACAACGUAACGACUGAAGUGAGAGGGGGGGGUGGCCGCAGGGGCUGCCAGCCGUUAGGGGGUCGAGGGUGUGUGCAGUGCGCGUGAAAGGGAGACAAAAUGUGGUGGAGGUGGUGGAGUGUCGUGACGACGACGACGACGACGGUGCUGGUCUUGGUAGCCGCUACGGCGUACUCGCCGCCUGUGGAACUAUCCGAUCUGGAUAAGCCAAUACCAAUUACUUUCGCCAAGGGUGUAGUGGGAGACAAAGUGCAUCUCCCUUGUGACAUUCGUUCCGACAUUAACGACGACGUCAGCAUGGUGCUUUGGUACAAGGAAGGCAGAGGCGAACCGAUUUACAGCUACGAUGCCCGCGGCCGCCGACAAUACAACAACGCCCGUCUUUGGUCGUCGCCCACGGCAUUGGGACCAAGAGCCUUUUUUGUCACGGCGGCGGAUCCAGCUUACCUCAACAUCGAACGGCUGGAGGGCACAGAUGAGGGGAUCUACCGAUGCCGGGUGGACUUCAGAAACUCGCCGACGCGGAAACAAAGGAUGAACUUAACCAUUAUAGUGCCUCCGUCGAAGCCGAUAAUAUUGGAUGGGACGACGAGGACCGUGUGUAGCAACAAGGAGCGGUACAACGAGGGAAGCGACGUGAACCUGAUUUGCGAGGUUCGCGGUGGCAAGCCACCCCCGAGGCUGACGUGGUAUCUCGACAAUACCGUGAUAGACGAGUCCUAUCACUACGAUACCCAGAGCGGGGUAACGGUUAACCACUUGGCGUAUCCGAAAAUUGGGCGACAACACCUCGAGGCAAGGCUGAUCUGUCAGGCCAGCAACACGAACAUGGUGUCACCGGCGAUAAGGCUACUCGUCCUCGAUGUGUAUCUAAAGCCAUUGAUAGUUCAAAUCCUGACGAAGGAAACAAAAGUUUCAGCUGACAAAAAUUAUGAUGUGGAAUGUCGCACGAGCGGUUCACGGCCAGAGGCGAUGAUUACUUGGUGGAAAGCAAACAAGCCAAUCAUGAAGGCAUCUAAAAAUUAUCCGCUCGAGAAUAACCAAACUUUGAGCAUCCUCAGCUUCGUGCCAACUAUAGAGGACGACGGUAAAUAUUUGACAUGCCGCGCGGAAAAUCCUAAUAUACCGGACAGCGCGUUGGAGGACAAGUGGCGGCUUGACGUACAAUACCAACCGGUGGUCAACUUAAGGAUGGGCGAAACGCUGAAUCCGGACGACAUCAAAGAGGGCGACGACGUAUACUUCGAGUGUAUAGUGCGGGCAAAUCCGAAGGUGUACAAGCUCGCUUGGUUCAAAGAUGGCAAGGAAUUGAAGAAUAAUUCCACGGCCGGCGUGGUUCUCAGUGACCAUUCCCUGGUGCUCCAAGGAUUGACUCGUUACUCCGCCGGCGAUUACACCUGUCUCGCCGCGAACAGCGAGGGAAAGACAGCCAGUAAUCCGGUGUCCCUUCAGAUAAUGUAUGCGCCGGUGUGCAAAGAGGGCAGGAGCGAGGUGGUGGUGGGCGCUUUGAAACUGGAGACCGUGUCGUUAGUCUGUUCCGUAGAGAGCCAUCCGGCGCCAUUGACUUUCCAGUGGACAUUCAAUAAUUCCGGCGAGCUCGUCGACGUUCCGCACGCGCGUUACUCCCACGCAUCGGCGCCUGGCACAUCAGACAGCCUGAAAGAGUAUCAGCAGUUUCACGGGUCCAGAAUGAAUUAUACACCAGCCUCGGAAAUGGAUUACGGUACGGUGUCAUGCCGGGCGACUAAUCAGGUUGGCAUACAACGAACAGCCUGCCUCUUUCAGGUUAUAGCCGCGGGUCGCCCGUACGCCCUUCACAAUUGCAGUGCCACGGAGAUGUCGGCGCCUUUGGAUAUGGAGGAGCUUGGCACGAAGUCGGGAACAGGUCUGGUAGUCCGAUGCCUGGAGGGUUACGACGGAGGUCUUCCGAUAUACAGUUAUCAGCUGGAGGUCGUGUCUGACGAGGACGGAAGUCCGAUUCUCCUAAAUAAAACCAUGCCGGCAGGUCCCAACGGGCCGACUUUCGAAGUCGCAGGACUAACGACGGGUAGAAGCUAUCGACUUUUUCUCUACGCGAUUAAUGCGAAGGGGAGGAGCGAGCCUGCCAUCCUCGAGCCGGUAACUCUGAAGGGUGUCGCUAUGUACACGACCGGCAACACCGAUGCAUCGAUGCUGAAUCCGUUGUUGCUGGGCUUGGCAGCCAUGGCGACCCUUUUGGCUCUGGCCGUUGCUGGAAUCCUGGCGGCGCUCUAUCGGAAGCACUCCACCGGCCGACCCGGAAGUCCAAAGCACGCUCCUAUCGUAUGCGAGCCGCCUAAUGCAGGUGCAACCACCCCGGUGCACCCUCAGACCAAGCAGGCGGUCGAUGACAUCGAUCCGGACAUCAUACCCAACGAGUAUGAAAGAAGACCCCUAACGUACACCCCCGUCUAUAAGACACCACCACAACGAAGAAAGAAAGAUCGCGCCACCGAUGAGGACGCUUCGCCGGAGAAAAGGCCGAUCGUUCAGCACGGUCUAGACCUGCCUCCGGAUCCGAUGUUGACCGACUGCCUGCCAACGCCUACCAUAAAUUAUCCGCAAAAUCACGUGUCUCAGCACAGCGUUUACAAUCAUCCGCCCACGAUGGCUGAUUUCAAGCAGAUGGCGAUGGACGCCUACAAUCAGCGCAACAACCAAAACGUAUAUUAUAGCCUUCAGAGGACGAGCAAAGGGCUCUCGUCGAUGCCACAGAGGCCCGUUUCAUCGUCGAUCUCCGCGCAAGGCAAAUUCCAUCAACCUGAAGUGGUGACACGCUCGAAUCGGAUACAGGAGAGCUGUAUAUAAGUUCGGAGGGUUUCCCUGCGGGAUCAACCUCGUGAGCUUCUAAGAUGCCGCCGGCGAUUAUAUUUACACGUGUAAAUGUAACGAGUACGAGCGGGGAGAGUACGGCGUUAUGUAGAGAUCCAUGGAUCCCCGAGACACGAGCGCGAAGUCUAACGUGGUAUCUUCCCAUAGAGUUGGUACACGAGUUUUGAACCACUCCGCGAAACACACUUAACGUUUACCGUACAAAACCAUAGAGAGGCUGAUGGUGUGUUCCGGAUCGUAUUGAUGGGAACGCGGCCUCUCCUCGAGAUUACGUUACGCCGAUGCCGCCAGUGAGAGCGACAUUACGUUUUCAUAUAUAAUUUUACGGGGGAGACGAGGUGAAACGACAUUAGCGAGUUAGAGAGAUACCCCGUACAUGUCCAGAAAUAUUUCUUUACUGCCAUAUUGAGAUAUAAACGAUAUAUCGUAACGUACAAAGAGUCUAACCCCUAAAAGUAGUUAAUGUCAAUAACGAGGGAGAUAAGGCUGGGUUAAAGCGAGCCAGAAAAAAUUUUAACGAUGCUUUAUAUUUUAUUCAUAUUAUUUUCUGGUUCCCAAGUCGCGCACAGAAUGGCGUCUUUAUAUAUGGACGUCGCGUAUUAAUUCUUUUGGAACUUUUACAAUUUACUACAAAAUUUACUACUGUUUCUCCUUAUACAGCUAAUGCGAUUGGGGAGAUUAUUUUCGAUCAAAGCUCACCCUCCAGCCUUAUCCUCAAAAUACUAACGAUAUUAAUGUGAUCGUAUUCGAAGCUCAUCACUGCUCAUGUUUUUCGUACGCAAAAUUUUUAUAACGAUUCAAACAGAAAAAUAUAUUCGUUUAAAAGACUUCGCCGAACUCGAGAGAAUCUCUUAAGGAGCGACGUCUUCGUUCCCGAUCACUGACGCGGUACACAGACGUGGAUUUUACUGUUUAUAUGGAACUAGUUUUUGUACAAAGAUCUAUUGUAAAUAGACACGAGCCUGGCCCUAGAAUUAUAGUCACUAAUGUCCGAAUUUCAUUCGUUACACGUUAAGUCGAGAAGAUGUCCGAUCGCAUAAGAUAAAACUCGAUGGCAUACGAAUACGAAUAAAGAGAAUACGUUUCAUCUGUUUUACACAAACGAGCUCAUUCGCUUGUCUUUCCUACUUGACCUUUCAUACUCCUCUCCAUUAAGAGCGAAGAACGAACGGUACGAGAGAGAAGGCGAAAUUCCUAUGAUACGUGAGACGAAUUUAUUCGCGCAACGUACGUACUUGUGUUAUGCUUCCAUUAUGCUUCGUAUUCUCUCCAUUUCGAACGUGAAAGAAAUUUCUCUACUUGAAACGCUUGAACGAUAAUAUGAACAUACAUGUUGUAUAAUAAUACACAUAUAUAAAAGUGGGAUACAACAACAUUGCUCGAUACGUAUCUCGAUUGCACUUAAUGACAGAAAAUAUGUAUCAACUAUUUUGCCAUGCUA